AUGCAUGCCGUAAAACCUCUCGAUGCAAGUGCUACCACCGACGACUUGCAAACGACUGACAUCGAGUACCAGAGUGAAAUAAUCCAUCCCCCUCAAGAUGAACUCGAAAGCGGCUUUGUGAUGCGCGAUCUGUGUCAGCAAAACACUGAUUUUGAUAUGAUCAACAGGCGCUGGCACACUGCUCGUGCUUGCCUGAGCCUGUAGUUGAUGGGAAUAUAGCUUGCUAUGAAUCGUGGAGGACGUCGCCUCUCCAUCUUCAUCUUCUGAGAUUGCCGAUCGAACGAUACCGAAAUUGCUCGAUGCCCCCUUGGGGGAAAGAUAAGACAUUCACAAGCCACGCGUCACAGCUCUCGGCUGCAUAAUGAGUAUUGGGGGUGCAUUUUUUCUGACGAUAUCGAGUAUUGCAGUGAUGAAUUCUCAGAUGGAGACCGUGAAAUGAAGUUGGCGGGUCGCGGCUCUUCACCGGACAAGGUACUUCGUCCUUUCAUGUUGAAAUCCCCAAGAAGAAAAAAAUAAAAAUUGAAGUGGCAGUGACGAUAGAAAAAUAGGGUUCAUCAUAAUCGCCGCUUUGAGUCAUUCGCCGUUAGCGCCUUUUCGUGACUGUUUUAAGUAAUUAAUGUCGAGCGCCAUCAAUAUAUAUUGUUGAGUCGCUCUUAGAUAGUAUGAAUUAAAUUUUAUGGAGCUUGUGUGCGCGAAGGCAAAGUACUACGUAUUCCUGAUCCUGAUUCUCUACUGCCAUCCGGCUUGUACUAUUACGCACAAUUUGCUCGUUCGUUACAACAAGAACCUGAUACCAAUUUUAGGUACGUGUGCUCGGAGUGACGCAUACAACGAUCACGCCAUCAACAGAGCACGAUCGCAACAGCAGUCGAUCCACCGGGUCGACCUCCAGCAACUUGGUAGAAGAAAGCUUUCCAUUGAAGACCUGGAAGUUUUUACCGCACCAGGCUGCUCCUGUACCCAGCGACAGCUGGACGCUGUGUCGCUGCCUGCAACGAACCAAUGCCGCGGUGCACAGCUUUCGGGGCUUUCGCCAGUGGGUCCAGGAGGUUCCCUAUCAAAUGCAAAGAUGUCUGGGUCUGGAAGAUUAGGAAAUUUGUCAUGCAGUUUUUCCAAGCUACCCCAAGUCUGGAACGCAGGUCCUAGCAUCACAGGUUCCCCAGCCUCUUGGUGAUGCCUAUUCUGCAUGAGAAAUGCCCUCUCAGGAUGGCCAGAAGUGGGCACCUUUUGCAAGUCAUGCAACACAGAUUCUUGUAUGAUCUGCAACUCGCAUCACAAGUUCCACUUUUCCAGACCCAGACAUUUUUACAUUUGAUAUUCCCCUGUUUCUCGCCGGUGUCGCCUUUAACCCGGUGUUUUUCGUGUGGUCGCUCUGCCUGGUGUACCUGCUGUUCGACUUGAAGGUGGAAAAGCCGGAAAGUAUCAACAAUGUCCCCACGGGGGAUCACUCCUCAUCCUCAUACGCAGCUUGGACGGGAAGGUGAGAAACAAAUAAUAGCUUAUUUUUUCGGUGUCUCCGAUAGAACAGUCACAGCAUGUACUUGUUUUCUUUUGUGGCUUCAAUGAGCCGCGGGGGCUCCGUUCCGCCGAGCGGGCCGGGCAAAAAGAGCUCGAAAAGAUGGUCGGCAAUAAAAUUGAAUCCAAGUAAUUUAUUCCAUGUAGUAUUUGUCUCUAACUUUUGCUCUCCUCUAUGCUUUCGCAGGUACGGUAGGGCAAUAUAUCGAGACUUCUGGACGGGAGGCGAUCCUGCGCACGAUGGGGCAAUGACAAAUAUCAGCCCUCAAGCAGCACAGAUGCGCUACCUUCUCAAUGGCGCCUUUGUCGGAGGUCACUUUUACAGAUGGUAAGUCGACACUUUCUCGAGGUUACUUUGCCUUUUUUGUUGAUUAAAGAUUUCAGAAGCGUAGAGGUGACUGCGAAGAAACCGCCUGCAAGAGUAGUUGUACACUCAUCAUCGAGGCGCGCACCAUUGAAAAAAGGCUUACCGAAAAAAAAAAACGCACCUCGCUUCCCAGGUACAUGCUGACCUCGCUGGUGACACUGAUCGUCACGGAGUGCUUGAAGUUUUCGUUUCGUAGCCCGCGGCCGGACUACAACUGGUACGUCGGCGGCGCGGGGUCCUCGAGCGGCAAACGCAGUCCGAUCGCGUCUCUCGCUUCUUCCGGUUGGCGACGGCACUUCAAGUUUCCGAACCUGUACAAGAGCAAGUACAGCUUUCCCUCGGGCGACACAACACAAGCUGCAAACUUCGGUUUCUUCCUUUGCGUGUUCGGUGGCUACGUGUCGGGCAUGUACCUGCUGUUGCCAAUGGUGGCGUUUGCACGGGUUUUUUACGUCUGCCACUGGAUUGAAGACACCAUUGCUGGAUCAAUUGUCGGCUUGUUGGUGCAGUACACCAUGUACCUCUACCUCGUGCAGACGCACUGAAAAAACAUAAAGUCCAGCAAUUUAUUGCGGUUCCGGAAGUCAAGCUUUCUUUCCUCGACCGAAGCUGCGGCGCUUAAUCUACUUCCUAGCACGCCGAGUGGUCGUGGAAGAAGCCUGCCAAGAUCCGGCGCUGCAACAGAACAGAGAAAUACCCGGACUUCUCAUGUGAGCUGACUCUAAUUGGGCAUGUCUGCCUUGAGUAGUGCCAGAUUUCGUACCUCGAGGACGAACGUCCCAGCGCACGAUCGCUACUGAACAUGCUCAUAAGGGAUCCUCUGCUUCCUGCCCGCAGUUUGUCGCGUGUCUCCUGGACACCUCCCCGUAUUGAAUCUUUGCAACCUCAACCGAACUUGCACCGCAAAAACAAAAAGUGUUUUUUUGAUGGAUAGUACUGCUACAUCUGCUGUAAGAAAAAAAAUAUUCAUUAAAUUUCUUUUUUGUUGUCCUCGACUCGUUGCGAUACGCUUUGCCGAUCGCGAUCUGACUCUGAAUCAGAAUCUCGUCGGAGAAAGGAGGUUUCUGUGGCCACACCUUUUUGUUGGAUUUCUUUUCUUCAUCUUGAACCCGGCAUGCUACAAUUUUUGGGUAUGUUGAGGCCUCCUCUGCGUGGAGCACGCAGGAUCC